GCGUCUCAAUUGCAAGCACAGCAGGUGAAGGGUCUCCUGCACGCACGGCACGCCCCGGCAGCACCUGCUGCUGGGCCGUCAGGCGGAAAGACGCCCGCUCUGCGCUUCACUUCAGGACUUGUUGACCUGCAGAGGGCGCACAGCCGCCGCAGCAGCAGCGUGCUCUUUUCCCGCUCUCGAGGCGAGGGCAUGGGACGAUCACGAGCGAGCGGCGGCUGUCAGGCAGCGACCCGCGUCGCGCUCCGUACAUGGGCAAGGGGCGUGUCCACGAGCGGCAGAGGAACAAUUCCUCAUCUCAGCGCCUCCUUGUCAGGCGCUCCGCUCUUCGCUGCGUCGCUGCUCUGGGUGCUGCUGCACCUUCGUAGCCACGCGGCAGCCGUCUCGAAGGCCCUUGCCAGCCCUCCGCGCCUCUGCCUCGCAGAGCUGGGCGCAGCACCCGCUUUCCGCCUCGGCCGCCGCCGGCUGCCUUGGGCGGCGGCGCAGCAAAGUGGAGUGCUUUGCGCCCACGUCGAGAAGAGGCACCAGGGGCCGGGCGGCGCUCGCAGCCGCGCGCGCGAUUGGCCGCCCUUUGCCGCCGGAAACGUGCGGGGCGUUGGCCAUCACUGCGCCCGCACGUGCGACAAAGUGCAAGGGCUCAGGAGAACAAACAGACGCCCCUGUGCCGAUGCAGCGGGUGGCGCGAUCCGGACGAGGAGAAGAAGAGACGCAUUUAGACCUGGUGCUCCACGUCGUCGACGGCCAGCUCCUCUGCGACGCAUCUCUGAGCUCGGCUUGCGGCCUCUCCCGGACUCCGGUGUCUCGAAGCGGCUGCGACGCAUCGCAGGUGGAUAAGCGAAGGCUCGCACAGAUGCAGGAGGCGUUGAGAUCGCGCUUUCGCGGCCAGCUGCUACGUGGCAGGCACCGCUAUCAG